AUGCAAUCUAAUAAUAAUAACAAAGAUAAUAUAUUUGUCAAUUUACCUAUCUUUUUAAUUGAAAAUAUAGUAAAUAGAAUAACAAAGAAUAUAGAUAAAAUAUGCUUUACUUUUGUUUGUAAGAGAUUCUUUGAUUUAAGAGAGAAAUACAUGUUGUUUGAUUCGAAUACAAUCAGUCUCAAAUCUGAACAUCUCUAUCUCAACUCUUUUAAAUCAAUCUACGAGAAUUCACUUAAAUCAAAAGAUAAUUGUAUUCACUAUGUUGAUAUGGCUAAUAAUUUUAUAUUUGAUUAUAAUGUGAAUGACUUUGACAAUGAGGUACCAAUCAAACCAGAUGUAUCAACUUUAAUAUUAGGUCAUCAUGAUGAAAUACCUCGAAUAUAUAAGGUGUUAAAAGAUUCCAAUGUUACAACGUUCAAAUAUUGUAAGACAUUACAAUAUCCACUACCACCGACACUAAAGAAACUCAAAUUUGGAUACUUUUUCAAUGAGGAUGUAGAUCGUGAAUCAUUCCCUGAUGGUAUAGAAGAUAUAAAGUUUGAAGUGAGUUUUACUAAAUCGAUUAAACCAAGUACUCUACCAGUGUCAUUGAAGAAGCUAUCAUUUGGAAAAGGUUAUAGAGCUCCUUUGGUUCCAAGAUCGUUGCCACCCAAACUUGAAAUACUGAAAUACGUUUCAUCACCUAUUACAACCAAUAUAUUACCACACACUCUUCGAGUAUUGAAGUUUGUACCGAUAUCAUGGAUAUCAGUGAUUAAAGAACUUCCAAACUUGGAAGUAUUGCAUUUCAAUGAUUCGGAGAAUCAAGAUAUCGUUCAAGUAGAUCUCAGUGAAAUACCGAAAUCAGUAACCGAUUUGGCGUUUCUCUCUGAUUACACAUUGACAUCAGCACUUCCUUUGACAAUCAAAUCGUUUACAACGUAUACCAGUUUGUUCAACAACGAAGAGCUAUUCCCACCAACUGUUAAUUAUCAAUUGGAUUCAAUGGAGUUGUGGAUGAUGAAAAUUUCACUACCAAGUAACGUCAAGGUGAAGAAGAUGACCAUUGUAACAUACUCAUUAAAGUUGGUUGCUGGACAAAUCAGCGAAGCAAAUGGAAUCGAGUCAUUGGACAUCAGUCGUUGUAAAAGUUUUUAUUCCUACGAUGGAUUUCUACUUGCGAAUGUUAAGGAAUUGAAGAUUAAUGUCCGUAGCAUAGAAAGAGAAAUAACACUUCCGGAAACACUUGAAACCAUGAUAUUGGUCAACAGUAACCGAUCCAAUGCAAACAAGUUUGUCAUUCCACGAUCGGUCAAAACCGUAGUUAUAGAAUCAGAUUCAAGUGACCUAAGUCUUGAUAUGAUACCACCGACAGUCAAUCAAAUUUUCAUCACCAAAAACUACCACCACAGCGAGCAUUGUGAAAUUCGAAAGUUGGACAAUGAUCACUACCUUGUUUUUGAGAAAAUGAUGCAAUCUAAUAAUAAUAAUAACAAAGAUAAUAUAUUUGUCAAUUUACCUAUCUUGUUAAUUGGUAAUAUAGUAAAUAGAAUAACAGAGAAUAUAGAUAAAAUAUGCUUUACUUUUGUUUGUAAGAGAUUCUUUGAUUGCAGAGAGAAAUACUUGUUGUUUGAUCCGAAUACAAUCAUUCUUAGAUAUGAAUAUCUCUAUCUCAACUCUUUUAAAUCAAUCUAUAGAGAUUCACUUAAAUCAAAAGAUAAUUGUAUAUUCUAUUUAGAUAUUACUGAUACUAACUUUGAUUAUAGUUUAACGGACUUUGAAAAAGAUAAAUCUAUUAAUCCAAAUGUAUCGACUGUAACUUUGUUAUGUAGCGAAGCGAAUUCAAUUCAUCGUUCGAUUCAUAACUCCAAUGUUAAGAACUUUAGAUAUUGUGAUACACUGCGAUAUCCACUACCACCGACUCUAAAGAAACUAACGUUUGGAUACUAUUUCAAUGAGGAUCUGCAACGUGCUGCUUUGUUUGAGGGCAUAGAAAAGAUAAAGUUUGGAACGACGUUUGCUAAAUCGAUUGUUCCCGGUGUUCUACCGCUUUCGCUAAAGAAGUUGACUUUCGGACCGAUCUACAGUGGCACUGUGCUGCCUGGAUCGUUGCCACCCAACCUCGAGUCACUUAAAUUCCCUUCGGCACCGAUAACAGCCAAUGUACUACCACAGAGUAUUCGUGCGUUGAAAUAUGUACCGGUUUCGUGGAUGCCGUUCAUCAAAGAUCUGCCAAACUUGGAGGUUCUACACUUCAAUGAUUCCGAACCAGAGAAUGGCGAGAAUCAGCAUCGAGUCGACCUAAGCGAACUACCGAAAUCCGUAACGGACUUGGCGUUCUUCUCGGAAUACCAUUUGACAUCGGCACUUCCUACGACCAUCAAAAAGUUGGCAUUCCAAGUAAAGUCGACGUUCGGCUAUGAAGAGAUGUUCCCUGCCAAUGUCCAAUACCAUUUGGAUUCAAUGGAGGUGUGUACGAGUGUAUUCGAACUGCCAAGCAAUGUUAGAGUAAAGCGGAUGGAAAUUGUUACGUUCUCACUCAAGUUGGUUGCCGGACAAAUAAGUGACGCCAAUGGAAUCGAGUCGUUGGAUGUCAGUGCUUGCUCGCGUUACUAUUUCGACGAAGGAUUCCUACCUGCAUCCGUCAAGGAAUUGAAAAUCAAUGCCAUCGGUUUGGUACGGGUUGGCGCACUACCGGAAACACUGGAAUCGAUGACACUGACACACAACGUUAAGCCAGGUCCAAACAAACAACAGCUCGUCAUACCUCGUUCCGUUAAAACAGUAGUAAUUAAUUUCAAUUCAAGAAACCUUAACUUUGAUAAUAUACCGCCGACCGUCAAUCACAUUUUCGCGCGUAAUCUAUAUUACGGAUCGGAUUGUGAAAUUCGAAAGUUUGACGAUGAUCAUUACCUAGUUUUUGAUAAUAAUGAGUAUAAUGAUGAUUAUUUGUACAUGGAUGAAGAUGAAUUCGAUGAGAAUGAAUAA